AUGAAGGGGGAACACAUUGAAUGUAAACAAAGUGAUAGAAUCUUAGCAUCUGAUUCCUCUUUAUCAUUAGACCAAAUUAUAUUAAUUCAUACAGAUAAAAAAAUUCAACAGUGUAAUGAAUGUUGUAAAGCUUUCAUAUAUGCCAAUUAUCUUCACAGGCAUGAAAGAGGUCAUACUGGAGAGAAACCCUAUGAAUGUAAUCAUUGUGGUACAGCCUUUGCAACUCAUGGUCAUCUUGAAAGGCAUAAAGGAACACAUACUGGAGUGAAACCUUAUGAAUGUAGUCGAUGUGGUAAAGCCUUUGCAUGGAACUGUCAUCUCCAAAUACAUAAAAGAACGCAUACUGGAGAGAAGCCUUAUGAAUGUGAUCAGUGUGGUGCAGGCUUUGCAAGUCAUGGUCAUCUUCAAAGGCAUAAAAGGACACACACUGGAGAGAAGCCUUAUGAAUGUACCCAAUGUGGUAAAGCCUUUUCACAACACAGUUCUCUACAAGACCAUAUAAGGACACAUACUGGAGAGAAACCCUAUGAAUGUCACCAAUGUGGUGAAGUCUUUGCAUGUCAUAAUCAUCUUCAAGUACAUAGAAAAACACAUGCUGGGCAGAAACGCUACGAAUGCAACCAAUGUGGUAAAACCUUUGCUUUUCACAGUCAUCUCCUAAGACAUAAAAGAACACAUACUGGAGAGAAACCUUAUGAAUGUAAUCACUGUGGUAAAGCCUUUGCAAGUCACAAUAAUCUUCAAAAACAUAUAAGAAGUCAUACUGGAGAGAAACCGUAUAAAUGUAAUCUGUGUGAUAAAACCUAUGCAUGUCACAGUCAUCUCCAAACACAUAAAAGAACACAUACUGGAGAGAAGCCCUACAAAUGUAAUCAAUGUGAUAAAGCCUUUUCACAACAUAUUUCUCUACAAGUCCAUAAAAGAACACACACUGGAGAAAAACCCUAUGAAUGUGAUCAAUGUUGUAAAGCCUAUAGAAGCUACAGUCAUCUCCAAAUACAUAAAAGGACACAUACUGGAGAGAAACCCUAUGAAUGUGAUCAAUGUGGUAAAGCCUUUCCUUAUUACAAUAGUCUCCAAUAUCAUAAAAUAGCACAUUCCAGAGAGAAAUCUUAUGAAUGUAAUCAGUGUGAUAAAGUCUUUUCACACCACAGUUCUCUACAAGUCCAUAAAAGAAUACAUACUGGAGAGAAACCCUAUGAAUGUAACCAAUGUGGUAAAGUCUUUAUACGUCACAGCUAUCUCCAAAAACAUAAAAGAACACAUACUGCAGAGAAACCCUAUGACUGUAACCAAUUUGGUAAAAUAUUUGCACAGCAUAGUACUCUCCACAGCAUCAAAAAGCACAUAUUUGAGAGAAACUCUAUGAAUAUAAUGUGUGACAAAACUUAUGCCAGUCACACACAUCUUCAAAGACAUGAAAGAAUUCAUACUGGAGAGAAACCUCAUGAAUAUAUUUAAUGUGGUGAUGCCUUUGCACAUUUCUGUAAUCUCAAUCAUCAUGAAAGUAUUCAUACUUGAGAGAAAUUCUACGAAUGUAAGCCGUGUGGUAAAGCCUUUGUGUUAUGGUUCCACUUAGAUCCAUCACAAGUCAAACACCAGAUCAAUGCAGAUGACAAGAAUUAAUUGUAAUAAAGCUGCUAUUGACCAAACAGGCCUUUGAACAUAUUCUGGAAGUGUAAUACAACCCGUGUUAUGGAGCUUUUAAGCUUUAAAAGCACAAAC